UCAAAUGAAAUCAUUCUGGAUCCUUCCCUCCCACCCCGGAGAUCCAAAAGCCACUGGGGGAAAAAGACAAGGGGUGUUAGGAAGACCCACAGCUGCCCCUUGCACACUCAGACGUAUAUCUGGCUCUGCAAAUAAAGCAGCGAGCAACUGGCCACCGAGUACGCUUUUGAAACACCACCACCAUCGCCCAUCUUUCCGGUCAAAGACCCACAUUUUGGGACAUUUUUUUCCCAGCUGCCUCUCAGGAUCCAGGUUGCAUAACACUUGUCCUUUUACACACCCACGAAUGAGCGAUCGGAAGGUGGAGCCGAACAGCCUGACAUUGGCACAGGGAAUCGGUGGGCGGCUGCCAUGCAGUGCUUCUCGGAGGGCGAGGGCGGGAGCGGCCCAGACCCUGAAGCUGAGGAGAAGACCUGCGCCGUGUGUGGAGACCAAGCCAGCGGCUAUCACUUCCAUGUCAUGACCUGCGAAGGCUGCAAAGGAUUCUUUCGGAGGACUGUGCUCAAGGGGAUCCAGUUUACUUGCCCCUUCACUCAGAGCUGCCUCAUCACAAAAGCCAAGCGGCGGCAAUGCCAGGCCUGUCGUUACCAGAAAUGUCUCUCGGUGGGCAUGAGGAAGGACAUGAUUAUGUCAGAGGAGGCGCUUUACGUCCGCCGGGCACUGCGGAAGCAGAAGAGGCCCAAGACGCCGAUUCUCCUGGCCGAACUGCCAGAAGAUCAUGGCCUCUCUCUGGAUCAAGAAAAGCUCAUUGAGAUCCUCACGGAAGCACACAGGAAAAACUUCGAUUCCAGCUUCUCCCAGUUCAUCCACUACCAACCGCCGGUCCGUCUCUGCCUCCACAGUCCACAGACCCAAGGCCCCCAGGAAGCCCCGUUCUCUUCUCUGUAUCUUCUGCACUCCGAGCACAUGGAGAACAGCUCAAACGAGGUUCUGCCCGACGUCUUCUCCCUCUUGCCCUUGUUUGCCGACCUCAGCACCUUCAUGAUCCAGCAAGUCAUCCAGUUUGCGAAGGCAAUCCCGGCUUUUAGAAAUCUGCCCAUCGACGAUCAGAUCUCUCUUCUAAAAGGAGCCACGCUGGAUAUCUGCCAGAUCCAGUUCAACACCGUUUUUAACGAGGAAACAAACGCUUGGAAAUGCGGCCAGCAUUGCUAUACCAUCCAGGAUGGUGCCCUGGCUGGAUUUCAGCAGAUUUAUUUAGAGCCGCUGCUUAAAUUCCACAUCAGUUUGCGAAAGUUAGGACUGCAUGAAGCCGAGUACGUCCUGCUGCAAGCAUUGGUGCUGUUCUACCCAGACCACAUGGACGUCACCCAACGGGACGAGAUAGAUCGGACUCAGGAGAAGAUUGCCCUUACCCUGAAGAACUACAUUGAUCAGCGGCAUCCGUUGCCUGAAGGCAGGUUUCUGUACGCCAAACUUCUCCUGCUGUUGACUGAGCUCAGGACACUAAAAGUGGAGAACACCCGCCAGAUCCUUCACAUCCAGGACAGCCAGGACCUCUCCUCCAUGACCCCGCUGCUCUCAGAAAUCAUCAGCUAAAAGCUUGGAUCGGGAGAAGGGCCACCGUUCCUUUGCCGAGGCUAGAAACCCAGACGAGCGAAAAAGGCUGUGCUAAAGUCCACCCAGCAGCUUCCUAAAAGCUUUGCUUCUCCGGCGAGAGAUUCCCCCCCUCCCCCCGUUUUCUGCUGAAAAAUCUCCCAGUGGCGUCUUCCAGCCAUGCUCCUGUUUGAGGAAGCCCUCCAGAACAGGCUGUGGGUCUGAAGACCCUUCUUCCUUGCCCCCAGUCCUGUCAGAUUAGCCCCCCUAGUUGGAAAAAGAUGGUGGGGUCUAGCAGAAGCGUAAGAAGGCUUAGAGAUUGUAUAAUGCAGUGCUUCUCAACCUUGGCAGCUUGAAGAUGGGUGGACUUCAACUCCCAGAAUUCCCCAGCCAGGCUGGGGAAUUCUGGGAGUUGAAGUCCACAUGUCUUGAAGUUGCUGAGGUUAAGAAACACUGGUUUAGAGUAACAGAUCUUAUUAAAACCCACUGCUAGAAAUACCAUGGCAAGUAGAAUGAUGAAACACUUGGCUGGGGAAUUCUGGGAGUUGAAGUCCACCCAUCUUCAAGCUGCCAAGGUUGAGGAACACUGGUCUAACGAAAGGCAGGACGCACGCCCAACUGUCAGCCACAAAUCCACUUAAAGAACACCAUCCUUCAGCCGCUAGGAAUUUCCACCCAAAUUCUUUCCUGCUUUGAAAGAAAUUAGUGACAACUAUUGCAAGGGGGAAAAUGUAGGCAAUUGUGGGGGGGGGGAGCCCCAAUAGCUGUUCUCUGCUUGAGGGACCCUCAAAUCUUUCCAUACAAUGAACAGCUCUGUGUUGAAAUUUGGAGCUAAAGGGGAAAAAAUCAGGUUCAAAUUGGAGGCUAUUCUAGGGCUAAAUUGCAAGGCUACAUCUCCUGCCUGGCUGAACCCAUUUUUAUUUUUCUCUAUUUUCCAACCUGACCAUGCACAGAUAAUCCUAGUAAAGGUCCUAGCUCAGUCAAAGAUCAAGCAAUCCCACCUCCGGCAAACUGGAUCUGACCCACCUGAGGGAUCCUUUAAUGAAAAAUCUUAGUACAUUACCGUGGCUUCAGGAGCGUCCACAUUAUAGCCAGUGAAGUCUAUGAACUUGAUUCUCAGAAUAUUAAAAAAAAAAAUUCAAGCAGAGGGUAGCCAAAAAAAAAUUUUUUUUUAAGGCACCUUAAUUAUUCCUUGCCAGCAAAAAUCAGGCCUACCAUAGCAGGCUGCUGUAAGUCUUUUCUUGGCAAUUACCAGCCAAAAACAGGCCAGCUGGCCUGCUUUUCACUGGCAAGGGACAAGAGGUGUUUUCAUAGCAUCCAAACACGUGCAGGGAUAUCACUAUGCAAAUCUCACAAAGUAGGCAGCGCAUAAAGGUUUACAUAACUACAAGUAGUCCUCACUUAACGACCACAACUGGGACCUGAAUUUCAGUUACUAAGCAAAGCAGUCAUUAAUUGAAUCCCACCCGAUUUUACCUUUUUUGUGGCAGUUGUCAAGUGAAUCACCGCACGUGUUAAGCGAACCAUGUGGUCGCUAAGCAAAUCCUGCGGUUCCCCAUUGAUUUUGUUUGCCAGAAGCCAGCCAGGAAGGUUGAAAAUGGUGAUCACGUGACCACGGGAUGCUCUGAUGGUCAUAAAUGUGAACCGGUUGCCAAGCGCCUAAAUCGCGGUCAUGUGACUGUGGGGACACUGCAACGGUUGUAAAUGUGAGGACCAGUCAUCUUUUUUCAGCACUGUCGUAAGUCCAUACUGUCACUAAGUGAAUGGUUGUUAAGUGAGGACUACCUGUAUGUCACUCUGGGGUGGUAGUUUUGCUGCAGACAUGCCUGAGUAGCAGGACCUGGAAACAAAUCAACCCACGUUUAAAGAUCAGCUCGCUAUCUGAAUUGAGCCAAAGACACAAACUCAGCUCAGCCGCAAGAUAUUUGGAAUAAA